AUGGCAGAACUAGGGGAAAUCCCAUACUCACGUCUUGUUGUACCUGCACUUCUCGUGGUUGGCUGGAUUGUGGGUUGCGUGUUAAUGGUUUACAUAGUCUUCUCUUGA